ACUAACUUGUUCAGACCAGACACAAAGCAAGAAAUAUUGCGUGAGGUGAUUUGUAAUGGGAAAAUUAUUGAAACGGUUUGUGGUCAGAACGCAGAUUUUUUUGUGUUGUUUUGUAUUAGUUUUAAGCACAUUUUGCUGACUGAGAGUUUAAUAUAGACUUGUACAUUUAUUUGGGAUGUCGGCCACCAUUAACCCUCUAGCUAAUCCUAAAGGAGUGAAGAAGCUGUGCGAACUUUGCCAGAAACCUGCAAAACUGCAGUGCACAAAAUGCCUGGUCACAUUUUACUGUGGCCCUGACCACCAGGAUACUGACUGGACCAGUAUUCAUGAAAAAGUGUGUCCAUUGCUGGUAUCUAUUCACACACCUGCACCAUUCGGCACACUGCAAUCUGACCAAGACCACCACCACAAAGAAACAGUGAAGAAACAGGAGUAUCUAAUAGAAAUUGCUCAUAUAGAGGCGCAGAGGUGGGUGUCCAAGAAGAGGUUCCAGGAUGUGUUACCGGCCGCUCUCCUAUUCCUGCGCUGGGCCAUGCGGGUAUACGGAACUUGUGCUGUUGAACUGGUACCAGCUUAUCUACUGCUCGCGCAGGCUAAUAUAGGUUUAGGUUCUCUCUCCCAGGCACAUGACUAUCUGUCUAAGGCUGAGUGGACAGUGAUGAAAACGCCAGGCUGCAGUCACACUGUCCUUCAUCAGCUACACAGAACCCUGGGCCGCCUGCACGCUGCCAUGGGAAAAUACACAUCUGCUCUCACUCACUUUGCCAAUGACGUGUACUAUGCCAGUGAGAUGUUUGGUUUGGACAGUACUGUGACGUCUGGAGGAUAUUUCCUUAUGGCUGAUGUGUUUCUGAAGCAAAAUAAGCCUGACAUUGCCCUCUCGCUCUACACAGAGGUGGCAAGUUCAUGGCACACUCACCUGUGUAAGCUGAUGGAUGAUAUCAGUCAGAGUGGCACUCAACCAGAAGAAUGUUUUGAUGAGGCCCAGUGUGUGGAGGCUGAUCAGAUGUUGAGAUGUAUCUUAGAGUUUGAGGAACAGUGUGUGAAGCCUCGCCCUGACCAGGCAGCCAUGUUGGCUCAUUCUCUGGCUAUGCUAUGGUUGCUAUGCAACAACUACACCAAGGUAAACAAUAAAGAUCGACUAAUAAAGAAACUUCAUAUAAUACAUUUACAACAUGCUCCUGAAUUUCACACUCACCUCCUCACCACUGCCCUGCAUAACCAAAUCAUAGUAAAUAACCAGACCUCACCCAAAUGUCUAAUUAAAAUAAAAGUGCUGAGAUGGAACGUUUGAAUUCAGACCUGGAUGCAUUUUUGUAUAUGAAGUCAUGCUGUGAACACUAAUUAACACUAAUGAUUAAAGACAUGAUGGAAUUUGACAGUUAGACUGUUCACUGCUAUUCUGGUGGUAAUGGGAUUCUCCUUUAGGAUUUCUUCUACUUCCGCUACAUCUCAGACUACAGCUUAAAUCCCUAGUUAUUAGUUCAACCUCCCAGCUCUCAUAUCCAACUACAAAAAACUUUCCAUUUAUCACCUCGCAUCUCUCCAGCUCUUCUGUCAAACGUUCCAUUAUUCAUCAAACUAUGCUUAACUCUCUACAUUAAACAGCUACACUUUUCAUACUACCAUAUUAAUAGGUAACAUUGCAAUUUCUUAUAAGUUUGGAAAUCAGUUUCCUUUUUUGUUUCUGGUACAAUAUAUUCCUUUUAUGUUUUUGUGUUUCUGUAUAAAGGUUCUGGAGUAUGGGAAGAAGGCUGAGGUGUUGAUCCAGGGGUUAAGUGAACAAAACAGACUAAGAGAGUCAAUCCAUAAUCUCCUACAACAUGCUGAAAAACACUUGGAAUGAGACUGCCCACAUCACAGACCUCAGAAGAACAAUAAAUCAAAACAGACUACAAUUUACAGCACAAUCAACAAUCAAACAUUGACUACACUGUAUGUACGGUGGCAUCCUGCUUAAUUUUAUAUUAAUUCGUCAAUGGAUAUUGUAAGAUGAUGUAAAAUUAAGGUGCAGUCACCUUAGUAAAAUUUCACAGGCAAAAAGGG